AUGCCCUCCGUAGCUUCGUCCUCAAGCCUGGGCGGUGGCAGAAGAAACAGUAACGGCCGCAGCAGCAACAACCCGCGAGACUCCUCCCCAGACGCCGCAUUCCGUCGUUUCCUCACCGACCUCGAAUCAUACGACCGCAUCUUUGGGAGUCACUCUCGCAACGGGGCCAACAACAAUACCACCGCCGCUAGCAGGACUGGCAAUAACUCUCGUCCUACUUCCACCACUGCAGAUCCAGGAACGGCAGCAGGCGGGUCGGCUAGGCCGUCAGCUGGGGCGUUCCCACACUCUUCCUCGUCUGCGUCUUCUGUGGCGUGGGGCCCACCUGCGUACUCAUCACUCCUCGAAUACGUCUCGGCCCCAAACGACUUCUUAUCGUAUAACCGGAGGUGGUGGGGGACCACCAGCCCCAACAGGAACCCUGCGGCGUCGUCAUCAAGAUCGCCCUUGGACGCGCAGCAGCAACAGCAACGACAAGAGCCGCUGACGCCACGGCGCGCAAACUGGAGGUCUUGGCUGGUCGACGGGUCCUUUGAUGCCGCUGCUAAUUCCCACGAUGGUGCUGGUUUGAACGAUGAGGAGGGUAGCAUGCGCGAUGAGGCUAGCAUCGUUGUGAGGAGAGUGUCGCUUCCGUCGGACGAGAAUCUACGCGAAUGGGCUAGGGCCAGCGAUCAUCAUUCGGAAGAGGAUGAGGACAGUAGUCAUGACCCAGAGAGGCUGAGGCAAAGGCGCGAGGCCGGUCUUGACGAUGUAGAUGACGCGGAGGAGGAGGAAGAAAUGGAAGGAUUUGAAGAUAGCGAGAGCGACAGCGAAAGUGACGAAGACGAUGGUCAGAUUGAGGAUGAUAUCGAGAGUAUCGACGAUCCAGCCGAAAACGACGACGGAGGGGCAGCCGACGACGCGCUGGAAAAUGUCCUCAACGCAGGCGACUCGGAUGAGGAGGAUCCCAUGGACAUCGACCUAGCCGGCGUGCUCACCUCCGAGUUCUCAAUGCCAGGCCCGUCCUCCGUCCUCGCUCAGGGCGUGCAACCGAUCUCCUCCACCCGCGCCGCCAUCUCUUCCUACCUGCACGGCUUCACAUCCUCACCCUCAGCAUCACACGCAUUCUAUACCCCAACCCCGCACUCAAACCGCGCGCGUCGUAACAUCCGCCGAUACCUCCCCCACCGCCGUCGCGGCCUGUUCAGUCGAAGCACCCGGCGCCGCUCCCACGCGCACGCCCACCGCAGCAGGAGCAACAGAUGGACGCUCGACGAAUCCCUCAUCGACGUCCUCGCCCAAACAACCUUCCCAUCCUUCCCAUCGUUCAUGAACUACGCAAGACACUUCAGACCCUUCCCAUCCGACCUCGCCGGGCGAAACCAGUACGAUUUACGGCGCCGUCGCCAACGAGGCCGUGCCGACGCGUUCAGACGGUUGUCGCUGGCGGAACGGGCGGGAGUGAUGUCCUUACCGAGGAAUAGGCUGCUGACGUACUCUUCACCACCGGCUGCAUCUGCACACGCGGACGACGAAGACGGAGACAGCAACUUGGCGCCCACGAGUUCCCUGUCUCGCACCUUCUCGAUCCACCGUCGCCCGCCGCCUCCGCCGCCCAUGCGCGCGUCCCCGCAUAUAUACGCUCCUCUGCUUCCACGACCCAACCGCCAUAGACAUUUGAGAGCGGAUGCUACUGGGUCUGGACAGGCGGGCAUGGGGGGAGCUGAAGACGAUGAAGAUAACCCGAGCACCAUGGUCCAGCGCAUGAUGGAUGAGCUGGAUAAGAUGUUGAGCGAGCGUCUGGACGCUAACGGGGAGCUCAAACUUUCCUCCUCCUCCUCUGACUCUGCUCCCUCGAAUACCACCGGACUCGAAUCGUCGCAACCCACAAUGAUCCCGGCACUAUCGCCCUCAACCACCCCAGGCCUACGCGUAGCAUCCGUAGGCGACCCCAUCAACGGUUACCCCCCACCGCCAGGUGCAUCAUCAUCCUCCUCAACAACAGCCCCGGCAGCACCACCAACAGGCCGCCGCCGCCUCUCCCCCUGGCGCCACUGCUGGGACAUCCUCGGCCACCUCGACGCGGUCGCCGUGUCGCGGGACGGGGACCCGGCUGCAGUCACCGACACCGACUCGGAAUCCUCUGGUUCUUCUAGCAGUGAUGAUGAUGAUAAGGGCGAUGAUGGGGGGGACAGGAGCGGGGAGGAGGAGGAAGUGUGUAGCUGUGUGGAUGAGGAGGAGGAAGAAGCGGGUGGUGGUGGAACGGGUAGGGAAAGCGGGAGGGGGCCGGGGGAUGCAGGGUGGGAAGCGACACGUGCCACUGAGACCGGGGCUAGUAGUAGCAGUAUGCACGCACAUGUGCAUGGAGGUAGACGACGCAAGACGCGUAGGAGACGGAUAUGGAGGGCUGGGGAGGCGUGUCGGUGA